AAGCCGGGAAAAACUACUGGACGUGUUUUAGGCAACACCACUGGGGUGUCGGACUCGUCGUUGAAGGUAAUUGCGUUGAGUGUCGUGUCGGUCCUCUCUUUCGCCACCGUCAAUUCCUCGGAAUUUAAAACGUGCAAUCUACGCAGGCUUACCUCCCGUUCAGGGUCCCCUUGUCUGGCAAUUGCCUCUCUCUCUCUCUCUCUCCAGACUCCAGAGCCAGUGAGUUUAUGCUCACUCCCCAACCAUGUCUCUAAUCCUCCCCCAUCUCCAACCCCGCCUCAUUCCUUUCCUCCACCACAAACCCACCUCCAUCUACCCCAAUCUCAAACCUCUCGCUUUCUCCGCCAAACCCAAAACCAAAUUCCAAUCCAACCCCUCCGUCUCACGCUCCAACACAAGGUUUCGCCGCACCUACGUCCCAAAAUCGGCUUCCGUCAACGGAUUCCCAUUGCAGAGCGACUCAGAAGUGUCUCCGAGAGACGUUGGGGUAAACAAUGCGGAGUUAUCUGAGAAGCUGCGAAGGUGGAUUGCUUUCGUCAGGUCGGUUUUGCCCGGUGGGAGCUGGUGGAGCUUCUCCGAGGACGUGGAUGUUGUGUUGACGGCCAAGCCCGUGACGGUGUUGCGAGCGCUCCAGCGGAUGUGGGAGUUGAUUGCCAAGGACCGGUGGAUUAUCUUUGCUGCCUUUGCUACGCUUAUUAUUACUGCUCUCGCGGAGAUUUCCAUACCACAUUUCUUGACAGCAUCAAUAUUUUCGGCACAAAGUGGUCAAAUCGUUGUGUUCCAGCGGAACGUGCAUCUCUUGAUUCUACUGUGUGUAACUGCCGCAAUUUGCAGUGGUCUCCGAGGUUGCUGUUUUGGCAUUGCUAAUAUGAUCCUUGUCAAACGGAUGAGAGAAACUUUAUAUUCCGCUCUUCUUUAUCAGGAUAUAUCGUUUUUUGACUCCGAAACAGUUGGUGAUUUGACUAGUAGGCUUGGAGCAGAUUGUCAGCAAGUGUCACGUGUUAUUGGAAAUGAUCUUAAUAUGAUAUUACGCAAUGCUCUUCAGGGUACAGGUGCAUUGAUUUACUUGUUGAUUUUGUCCUGGCCACUUGGAUUAUGUACUUUGGCUAUAUGCUGUAUUCUGUCAGCCAUUAUGCUUCUAUACGGCAAGUACCAAAAGAAAGCAGCAAAGUUAACCCAAGAAUUCACUGCUUCUGCCAAUGAAGUUGCACAGGAGACAUUCUCUUUGAUGAGAACCAUUCGAGUUUAUGGAACUGAGAAACAAGAACUUGGCAGGUACAAGCAUUGGCUGGGGAAGUUAGCUGAUAUAAGUUUGCGGCAAAGUGCUGCUUAUGGGCUUUGGAACCUGAGCUUCAACUCUCUCUAUCAUUCAACACAGGUUAUUGCUGUGCUGAUAGGAGGGAUGUCUAUUCUGCAUGGUAAAAUAACAGCAGAGCAAUUGACAAAGUUCAUAUUGUACGGUGAAUGGCUGAUUUUUUCGACAUGGUGGAUUGGAGACAGUUUUUCAUCUUUGAUGCAAUCUGUUGGUGCAAGUGAAAAAGUCUUCCAAUUGAUGGAUUUUUUACCAAGUGACCAGUUCCUAGCUCAAGGAUUAAAGUUGCCAGAGCUGAGGGGGCAUAUUGAGUUUGUGAAUGUAUCCUUUCAUUAUCCUUCAAGAGCAAUGGUACCUGUACUGAAAAAUUUAAACGUUUCAGUGCAUCCUAAUGAAGUAGUUGCAAUUGUUGGUCUUAGUGGUAGUGGGAAAAGCACUCUUGUAAAUCUUCUUCUUCGUCUUUAUGAGCCAACAAGUGGUCAGAUUUUAAUUGAUGGCCUCCCUCUUAAGGACUUGGACAUCAAGUGGUUGAGGCAACGAGUUGGAUAUGUGGGACAGGAACCCCGACUCUUCCGUUUGGAUGUAAGUUCAAACAUAAGAUACGGAUGCGUGCGAUGUAUAACGCAGGAGGAUGUGGAAUGGGCUGCCAAGCAGGCGUAUGCUCACGACUUCAUCCUAUCACUACCUAAUGGUUACCAAACAAUUGUUGAUGAUGACUUGCUCAGUGGAGGACAAAAGCAACGAAUUGCAAUUGCUCGCGCCGUUCUUAGGGACCCAAACAUUUUGAUCCUUGACGAAGCCACUAGUGCUUUAGAUGCAGAGAGUGAGCACAAUGUCAAGGGUGUCCUUCGUGCCGUAAGGAGUGACAGGAAAACCCAGAGAGCCGUCAUAAUAAUUGCACACAGACUCUCCACAAUACAAGCUGCUGACAGAAUAGUGGUAAUGGAUGGUGGUCAAAUUGUUGAGAUGGGCGACCACAUUGAGCUUCUGACUAAAAAUGGCAUGUACGCACGACUAACCAAGAGACAAGCUGAUGCUGUGGCAUGAUAUGCAACAAAUUGACGCUGAUGUUCUUGUGUGUGUUUUUCUGCAAAGAUGUUGACUUUUUUCUUCAGAGAAUGCUGUGCUUUGGUAGCAGUAUGGAGUUGAAUCAGUGCAUUUUCACUGAUUACCAUUUUUACCAUUUGCAAUAGCAUCAGUCCAGCGAAGAAGAGUUCGGAAAUUUUCCUGAAUGAGGAACUAAAGUAUAUAAUUGAAGCAGUUGCAGAGCACCCGUAUCAAAGUUCUUGGCAGGGCAGCGUCAUCCUUGAUUUGAUACAUCUUAUUCUUUACUCUGAAUUUACUUACAUUUUUUAAUAAGAACCCUUGAAUAAGGUUUAAUGCCACACAGUGUAACUUGCGUAUCUCCACUCUGUGGAGUUCUGUCUUCUUUGAGGUACCAUCUUGUUAGGGGGAAGAAAUUCCCAUCACAGCAACCAAGCCAUUGUAAAGUAUACGGGCUUUUUACAACACUUCUUUUUGUCACAAGACACAUAAAUAAUACUAGUGAAUAUGCCCAUGAGGUGUGUAUGACAUUUUACAGUUGGCGGUUUCUUUAA